UUGGACGGGUUGAGAGAAACAUAUCAUUAAGGUGUUGUCAAAAUGAGCCCCGUCCGUGUGGGUUGUUUCCUAGGUUUGUAGUUUUAGAUUUUCAAAGAGGCGGACUUCUAAUUGGCUUUGGGACAAGUUCCUGAUACUAGUCUUUUACACCUUGGAAAAAAAUGCCGUCGUAACAAGAAGCGCCAAGCAGCUUAAGUGUAAGCCAUACACAGUAAAGAAAAUGACGAAAGUUCCUCAGGGAGUUGAUUUGAGUUUCUUAAAUGAGGAAGAAGCCAGGAAGAUCCUUCAGGUGCUGGAAAGAAAUGAGGAGCUGCAAAGGGCAGAGAAGGACAGGAUCAGCAAACUUCAGAAGACAAAGAGGGAUAUCAGAUGGCUUCAAGGAGUGACUGGUGAAUGGUUUGAAGAGAUUCAAAGGAAAAAGUUUUGUAAUGAAACAGAUGUUAGCCAAAUGUUGAAACAACCACUUAAACACAGGUUAAGGAAGGAAAUGGCAAAAAAUGAUCCUUCGGAAUUACAAACAUCAAGAUCUAAAAAUGAAGCUAACCCCAAAAACCAAACAUCUGUUGCUUCUCGGCUGAGCCUCCGGGCGUCCUUUGCAUCCCUGUUCUCAUUCAGAAAGUCUGGAAAAGAGAGUUUAAAGCCUCAGUCGCUGGGACAGAAAGGGUGUGAUGGCCGUCUAGAACCUCCUGUCUCUCUGAAGGGAACGUCUGUGCAGGCAAAAAUAUUCAGUUCACCUCUGGAAAACCAACGUGUCAACAGCACAUUUGGCCCCAAGCCAGCAGUCAUGAGGGAGGGCAGUGGCGUUCCUCCUGCCUGGGAUGCAUCACUCCUGGAGAACGAGAUUUUCCAAGUUUUAGAUGACUUGGAUAGCAAACUGGCUCAGGAACAAUCUGCACACUCAGUCAACAACAGAACGCCCUUCAACUAUGGACCAAGAACACAGUUCAACCAUUCUCACCCCAGUGAGAACACACAGAGUAAUGUCACAGGAAAGCACAAAAAUCGCUAUAAUGAAACUUCCAACAUGUCCAUCUAUGACAUCCUAAGACCAGGAACUCCUAGAGAACGUUUUAAAACCUUUUCUCCUAGGACAAGGACGAUUUAUGAUAUGUACAGAACAAGGGAGCCCAGAAUGUUAAAAGAGGAUCGCCAACAAAAGAAUACUUUUAGUAGCACUUCUCUGCAUUUCGACGACAGGCAACAGUCAGCCUCACUAGCCCCAAGGCAUUUCACAGCACGAAGCUUGCAUUUUCCAGCCACAACUGAGAACAAGAGUGGUUUUCUACCACCAUGCCACCAGCAGAGCCCAAAGCGAACACCUUUAUCAUCCAUCAUAUGGAACACAUCAGAUUCUUCUAGAGAUAAGCAGAACCAAGGAGAGUUCUUGGGGGCACCUUCCCCAAUGGAAAUUGACCCUGAUGACCAGUAUAUAAAUCCCAGGUGUUUCCAGGAGAAUAGGAGAUAUGAAUUGUGCCAUUCACAGCAAGUUUGUCAAAGCAUUGGUUUAAAUGCUCCUAUGGAUACUGCAAUGAGUCCUGACACAUUUGAGAACUCGGAGAACAUGCCAUUCUACCAUGAAGACAACCCAUUUGCCAGGCCUUUCUUGAGCAAUUCUUCUGGGCAAAGAAGAGAAAAGAAAUUUGCACAGAGUUCUUUUUGGAGCCAACAGGCAGAGCAUUCUGUAUGGUAUGAUUUUCAUCAAACCAGGCGAUCAUUCCAUCCAUCUGACAGAAACCUUGAAAUCUUUUCCAUUGAAGCUGCUGCUGCAUCAGCUAUGCAUGGGCACACUGCCCUUUUUCAGCCCCGGGGAUCACCUGGUUAUGGAACAGAUCUCUCUAGAGGCCAAGAAGGGGCCCAUGCCUGGCAGCGUGAUUUUCAGAUGUCCUCUCUGGAGAACAUGGAGGUAUCACAAGGUAUUGAGAACCAGUCUACAUAUUUCAGAGCAUCAGAUGUUUGCCACAAGACUGAUCCAAACCAUCCCAAAGACUCCUUUGGAAUUGCUCAGACUCAGGCAUCUCCAUUCAAAACUUGCUUCCCCCAGAUUUCUAAUGUUAAAGGGAAUUUUCAGAGUCCCCCAUUUCAGAACCACACAGUCACUGUGCAGAAAAUUAUUCCCAUUAAGCCUGUCUCUCUUCCGAUAAGAAACCAUGUGGAAAUCAAUGUAAUCAACCAAGAUUCAGUUGAUUCUCCAUUGGAAAUCCAGGCCAUGAAUAAUAAGAAAGACAUGAAUGACUCUAUUUCAGAAGAAGAUAAACAACUAAACAAGAAGGACCAGACAGACAUGAUAGGUGACAUACCCCAACCUGUUUCACAGACAGCAAGCUGUAACCCUUUACCUGAGUUUCAAAAUUCCCUCUGUCAGGAAUCUGCCAAGAAUGACAAGUUUUAUUUCAAUACCUCUCCCACUGUGAGUUCAGCAAAAGCACCCAGACUUGUUUCCAGGAAAGAUACCAUCAAAAAUUAUAUAACAAAUAAAAUUCAAGCAGAUGAACUUAAUAAAGAUAAGGGUUGCCCUGGGAAGGGAAAACUUGGCUCAGCAACUUGCCUACCAUAUUUCAUUCAGGAAAGCAGAACACCAUCAUCGUUCCCUAACUCAAAUCAAGUAAGUCAUGAAGAUAAUUCAAGCAGUAUUAAAAAUAGCCACUGGAACUCUGGACCCACCGACAAUUCACACACACCAUCUCCAAUGGAGCCUGUCAUUCUAGAUAGUGAAGGAGAACCAUGUCCCACAACUGAUGCUGCUGAGCACAGUGUCUCAUGCCAUUCUGCCCAUCUGUCAGCAGGUGCACCACCAGAUUCCUCCCCACCACGUAAUUCUUUCUCUAAUUCUCUGGUGAUUCCUUCUACUACAGUGUCCACCAGGAGAAGACCUUCAGACAGAAGAUAUCUAUCUCUGGGAGAAAUAGAAGAUAAAGACAAGGCCAGCCAGAACCAAAAGAAUCUGUUUUCUGAAAGUUCUUUAGAAAACCAAAAGGAUAAUGAUACUCACAGGCUGACAGAUGAUGACACAGUUGAUACUGUCAAAUAUCACUCAUACUCUUCUUUCCAGAAUGGAAAGGGAAAAGGAAAAGUAAGACCCCGCAUAUCCUGUAUUGAGAAGUUAAGUAAAGCAGAAAGAUCAGCGCUUGCAAGUGACAGCAGUAGCCUCAGUGAGGAGAAGCGAAGAAAUCUCAAAGCUUCUGAACUUGGCACAAUUUACUGUACAUUACCAAGAAAAUCAGCCAGCACUACAGGAAAUACCAGCCAGUCGGAAAGCAAGAUAGUGGCGACUUCUAUUAGGAAUGGACCACUUCCAUUUCAAAUCAGAAAUCAUGUGGAAGCUCCAGCAGGGAAGCAGGCAGCCCAUCAGUCCAGCGCCAGUUCUCCUGAGUCAGGGGAUGAACAUUCCCAAGUGGCUUCUGGCUCCAUCCCAGCAGUAACUAUAACCACAGAGAGGAAGACAAACAUGAAAGCCCUUAGAUCUGCUUCUGUGAGAAAAGGGCCACUUCCAUUCCUCAUCAGGAGAACUGUGUCGUGUCCUUCAGCAGAGCCAUACAGCUCAACUGGAAGAGAUGAUGGGGAAAGAUCAUCAGACACGAGCGCUGCUGCAAGCCCUGGACCUUGGGGGAGGGUCGUGCACCCUCUCAAAAGUGACUCAGCCACCAGAGAUUCUUUUUUAACCCAAGGAUACCAGCAAAAGGAAUCUCCUCACGAAUGCAUGGAAAAAGCUGAUAAAAUUGCUGCCUCCAGGACAAGUAUACUUUCCCUUUCAAACAAAGACCCUUUAUCUUUUCGUUCAGAUGUGUCAGGAAAUGACAGUGGGAAAAUAUUACAUAAACUUAAGACGACUAGUUUGGUUUCCGUUUCUGGAGAUGAAGAUAAUGUAAAGUGUCUUGAGGUGGUUUCAGUGUAUUAUACGCUUCCAAGGAAACCCAGCAAGAAGUUCUGUAGCCUCCUUCAACAGUAUACACAAAAUGCGGAUUCUCUCAUAGAAUCACCUCAUGCGGGUACCAAAACAUUUCCUGAUGCUUUAGGAAAAGACAAACUGUAUUCUUCUACACACGAGUUACCGGGAAAACCAUGUGAAGACCUACACUUGUUGGUUGACUCUGCUCAGAGCAACCACUGUCUUUCUCACUCCAUUGAAAACAUAACUGCCUCACAAUCACCAAAUGGGAGGUCUUCAGGACCUGUCUUACAAGAAGUGGCUUCCACAGAGGUAGCUGUUUCUCUAGAAGGAUCUAAGACUCAGGAACUUUUUCCAGAUAAAUUAGCCAAAACAUCUCUAGGUGAUCUUGAAAGUAGGAAAGAAAGUGAGAAAAAAUUGCAAAAUGAAAUCCUGCAUAUUUCAUUGGUGCUUCAGGGAGAAACAGCUACAGAAGAAAAAUCGGAAAAUUGUCAACCGUCUGUUAAUUCAGGUAUCCAGAAUCUCUCAGCCCAUUCAGAGUAUAAGGAUGAAAAUUCCCAAGCCAGAAAGAGUUCUGGGGAAUGUACAGAAAGUGGUGUUAUAGCCAUCACAUCCACUGGGAGUGCGACAUGCCCACCAAAAGCACACACAGCUAUAGAUGAUAGCCCCACUGGAUCAGAGCCUAAGGAAGUCCGAGAGAACAUCGGAAUGGAACACCAAAACAGGACUGAUAAAGCACUUCAUGAGUCUGAAAGUCAAGCCUCUGCCCUUAUACCAGCACUGAAUAAGCUACAGCUUAUUGAAGAUGCUCGCUCUGAUGAAACAGAUACAAAAAAGGUGCGAUCUGAAUUGAGAGAAUUACCUCCCAGGGGCCAGGAGAUGAACCCAACAGAGAGCAGGCAGGCUGCCAAGGAUCUGCAGAAGCCAACAUGGACUCAACCUUUACUGCACGGAGGAAACAAAAGAAAUAAAACCCAGGUGGAUGAUCUAGGAAAGGGAGGACAAAGAUCUUCAGUGAAACAUGCAUUGGCAGACAUGUCUAAAGCAAGUAGAAAAUCUCCAGCUCAAGAUUUAAGCCCCAGAAAAGAUCUAGAUGCCAUCUCCCCCCAGAGUGUGAACAGAUCUGCCUUUGGCCACUUGUUUAUUGGCAGCCUGGAGUGCAACUCACUGUUGCCUGAACCCAUUCCAAAGUCUACACACUCCACAGGUGAAGGCAUGCUGAGCAAGGUUGGGCUGAACGUCAAGAAGUCUGAAAGCCCUCUCCAAGUUCCUGUAAAAGGGUGCAGAGAUCAGAGGUCUAACAGCAUUUCACAAGAACAUCAGGAUGAGUUUAAUCAAAGUAUCUCAGGAUCACCCAAGUCAGAGAAUACUAAAGAAGCAGCAGCAGCAGCUGUUCACUCUUUUCAAAUAGAGUCAGGGUGCCUGGCCCAGCUCACCUCUUCCAGCCUCAGGGAUCCAGGCUACUCCCUCCCACAGAGGACGCUGAGCCCUCCUUGUCCAUUGGAGCCUGCCCAGAAACGGACAGCAAGCAUCCCUCUGGCCAGCUGUCAGCGGCGACAAAGGAAUCUUUCAUCACCACAAGGGGGUCCUGAGCCACAACUCUAUCGUUCCAAGAGUUUAAAAAGCAUCAAUGUGCAUGGUGACGUGCUACACGAAAGUCAUCCUGCAAAACUCAGAGAACGCCAUUUCUCUGAAAACACCUCUCUUGACCAUGCCCUGGGUUGUCUGACCCUUGGAAAUGAGUUCUCUGUGAACCAUGGGUACAAUAGAAGAUUCAAAUCCGUUUCUGAACUUCCUUCCUGUGAUGAAAAUGAGAAUUGGUCUUUGUAUAGUGACAGAACAAAAGCAGGUCCCAGGUCCGCCAAUUCUAUCUCCAGGCCUAUUGACUAUGGGAUUUUUGGGAAAGAACAACAGCUGGCUUUCUUAGAGAAUGUGAAGAGGUCACUCACACAAGGUAGAUUGUGGAAACCAAGUUUUCUUAAGAACCCUGGCUUCCUAAAAGAUGAUAUAGUCAACUCUCCCAAACCAUCAGAUUCCUUAAGCUCAAAUUCCCCUGAUGGUCAGGUGCCAGGUGACUUGUCCCCCAGUGAGCCACUCAAUAUCUAUGAGGAGGACCCAAUGGAUUCAGACUGUGACACUGACACAACCACAGAUGAUGAAUACUAUCUGGAUGAAAACGACAAAGAAUCAGAACUGUGAGACUUUUCUCGAUUAGAUACAAAG